AUGUAUUGUUUUGCUUACUCUUUAAUCUUCAGUUGCGGCAAUGGUGUACAGUACCCAGUGAGUUCUAGGGCAGCACAACAGCCGCGGAAUUCGCGUAGCACGGGUAAGAUGGGAGCAGAGCCGGAUUAUCAUGGAACACUAGACUUGUUACGCAUUUUGCGAUUGAGAUUGACAAUGGCAGUAGUUUUUGUUUUGCGCGUACUUGGCAGUGGUGUGAUAUUCUAUCCGAAGAAUUUCCGGCAUGAAAGAAGAAGUCUUUUGCUCAGUGAUUCCGACGAGAGCGACGAUGCAGCGCUUUGUGAAGUGUGA